CUCCAGAUCCAGAAAGCAGCCCGGCCGAGGCGUUCGAUAGGGUUUUUUCCCCAAGUUCAUCCCUGCAGCAGCAUUUGCAGAUAGUUAAGUGCAGGAUGUGCGACAGUGGACUUCCUGGUGAGAGGGCGCAAGCGUGACGGCGAUUUGCCCCGUAUAGGGGGACUUUGCGCGUCACCCCUUAGUGCUGUGAAACCGAGAGAAAUUCGUGCGCUGUUCUUCGAAGUUCAAAGCGAAACUCUCCGACAUGGGCAAGAAAAACUCGAAGUUGAAGCAGGACACCAUCGACAGACUCACCACGGACACAUACUUUACGGAGAAAGAAAUACGGCAAUGGCAUAAAGGAUUUUUGAAAGACUGUCCGAAUGGGCUUCUGACUGAACAGGGCUUCAUUAAAAUUUACAAACAAUUCUUCCCUCAAGGAGAUCCUUCCAAAUUCGCCUCACUAGUGUUUAGAGUGUUCGACGAAAAUAACGAUGGCUCCAUCGAGUUCGAGGAGUUCAUUCGGGCACUUUCCGUAACGUCUAGAGGUAAUCUGGACGAGAAGCUACACUGGGCAUUUAGACUUUAUGACGUGGACAACGACGGGUUCAUAACACGAGAAGAAAUGUACAAUAUAGUAGACGCCAUUUACCAGAUGGUGGGUCAACAGCCGUCCGAAGACGAGAACACGCCCCAGAAACGGGUCGACAAAAUCUUCGACCAGAUGGACAAGAACCACGACGACCGCCUUACCCUGGAGGAAUUUCGGGAAGGAAGCAAAGCGGAUCCCAGGAUUGUCCAGGCGUUGACCAUCGGCCCCGAAUAGCAUAAGGAUGCGGGGAUUGUACCCGAGACGCUCUGACGCAAACAAGGGACGUUAUUCGAAAUUUGUCUUAAACGGAUUGUUUUCAAUAAACAUCUCAUCACUUAACAGCCAGCGGCGAGAAAUGUAAAUUGUAUAUUGUUUUCCCGAUCGAAUUUUGUCCCUUGUGUCAAAACUGUGGCUACGACGCUCAAUUAUAAAUAUUAGUAAAAUCACAAAAUCGUGUAAGUAUAUUUCGAAAGUCAAUUUUAUUUUGUAAAAAAAGAGUGUAAAAUGAACAGAAUAAAAAUGUUGUUUUAACGCAUAUACAGACAAUCAUGAACUUCGGUUUGUCAAGUGCUAUACGUUCGUUUAGAUUUUAAAACGAUUAAGUCCUGAUGCAAUUCCUUGGUUCGUUCUCGUUAGUAGGGUUUUACUGUAAUCGUAAGGACGUAAAAGUGUCAAAAAUAUUAAGUAUGUUAUAAACACCAUACCUGUUGUUGUAAAGAGAAUUUUAUACAUAAUUUUGUGCGCUAGCAAUAACCUUUUUACCCAAGUCAGAUUUAGAUGGGUUAAAAACGAGACACUGUUUAGAUAAAGAUGUGUGUUUAUUCUUAUACACACGAUUGCAUAAUAAUAUUCUAAAAAUCCAGUCGUUGUAGCUAAUAACAGAACACUUAUGGUACACAAGUUACUUAUUAAUGAUCGUAGACAUAGAAUAAUCCAAAUUAAAUGUAGUUUUUGAACAUUCCAUGUACUGUAUGAUUAAAAAAAUAGAUAUUGAGCAUUCUACGAGUAAUUAAACGAUGUCAAGAAUAAAAAAUCCUUAAAACUUGUUUUCUCGUUUUAUUCUAAUAUUUCAACUUACCGUACUAUAGAGCUUGUUGCCACUUCUUUCGUUCGAAGCCAACGCGGUGUAUUAACCAAAUAAUAAAAAAACAACUUAACAAGUUAUAAGGAUCUAAAAACAUACUUUAUGUCUUUAGGUGGAUAUUUCUAUAAGACUUAGCGUAGAUAAGUGACAUUUUAAACUUCGGAGUGGUUGGUAUGAUACGUACCCACCUAACAACAUAACACUAGUUCAAUAUAUACAUGUUUCUAUACAUACAAAAGUUUGCUUAUAAUUUCGCCCGAUAACAACAAUUCAUAAGUUUUCGCAUUCAUACAACUCCUCACUCUCACACUGAUAGAAAUGCUAGUUGUGGUCGUUAAAACGUCAAUUCUAAACAGACUUAUAAUAAAGCACACGAAUGAAACAAAACAAAUUGUUACGCAGAGGUGAAAAGUACGCUCAUUCAUUUUUAUUCGAUAAAUUAUGUAUGUAUAUGUUUGAUUUGUACAUAACGUGGCCUAAAUAAUAUGCGUUUAAAUUGUGAUGAUUUGAAAAAUAUGACUUUAGCAACGCGCUAAAUCUUUCUGUUACCAACCUUCUGUGAUAAUUACAAUCAUUGUAUCGCAAUAAUGAAAAUGCUGUGUCUUGUAUUGCAGUAGGCUGUUCUUGUUGUUUUAGAUAUUGGUAACAUGGUUGUUUCGUUUGACACUGUUUGUUGUUGUAUAUUAUACAUAGAAUGAAAAAUACUUAUUGUGUU